CGGGCGGCCCCCGCGGCCUCGCAGCGCAGCCGUUUGGGCGGGAGCCGGCGCGGGAGCAGCGGCCGCAGGUAGCGUCGAGAAUACUCCCCAGCCUUAAUAAGGAUUGAUUGUUUACUCCUCACCGUCGUCCCGGUUUGGCAUUAAUCGGAAAAAAGCUUUGACCGUCACCUUGGGGAGGUGAAGAGGUGAAUGAACGUCCCUUUUAAGGUCAACAUGGAUUUGUGGUUCUUUCUCCUCUUGCUCGGAAGUGGCCUGAUAAGUGUAGGUGCUACCAACGUCACAACAGGGCCACCCACAACAGUGCCCACCUCCCCCAGGAGCCCCACCAAAGCUCCUACAGCAGGUCCUGAGGAUGGGACUACGACGAGCUCCAACAGGCUCAACAUGAGCACUCCAGGGACUGUUCCUACCGUGGCAUCAAAGCCACUUCCAACCACAGCUGCCAGGAUCUCCCCAAACACCACCACUGGCAGCCUCAACACCUCCUCCACCCUGGGGACCACCGUGCCUGUGCCUCCAGCCACCUCCCUGCUCCCCAGCGUGACUCCCUCUGCCCCACACUCCGCCGUCCCCAGCACAGAAGCGGAGACGACGGAGAGGAAUUCCAGUAUGGUGGUGACAACACAGGAGACCUCUUCUGCCUCCCACAACGGUAACUCUGACAGAAGAGAUGAGACUCCAAUUAUAGCUGUGAUGGUGGCCCUGUCUUCCCUUCUAGUCAUAGUAUUUAUUAUUAUUGUGCUGUACAUGUUGAGGUUCAAGAAAUACAAGCAGGCAGGGAGUCACUCCAACUCCUUUCGGUUGUCCAACGGCCGGACGGAUGAUACAGAGCCCCAGAGCAUGCCACUGCUCGCCCGCUCCCCCAGCACCAACCGCAAGUACCCCCCCCUGCCCGUGGACAAGCUGGAGGAGGAGAUCAACCGGCGCAUGGCAGACGACAACAAGCUCUUUCGGGAGGAGUUCAACGCUCUCCCAGCGUGUCCCAUACAGGCCACGUGUGAAGCUGCUUCCAAGGAGGAGAACAAGGAGAAGAACAGAUACGUGAACAUUUUGCCCUAUGAUCAUUCCAGGGUUCACCUGACUCCUGUUGAAGGGGUUCCUGACUCUGACUACAUCAACGCCUCCUUCAUUAAUGGGUACCAAGAGAAAAACAAGUUCAUUGCUGCACAAGGACCAAAGGAAGAGACAGUGAACGAUUUUUGGAGGAUGAUUUGGGAGCAAAACACAGCGACAAUUGUCAUGGUGACCAACCUGAAAGAGAGGAAAGAGUGUAAGUGUGCCCAGUACUGGCCGGAUCAGGGCUGCUGGACAUACGGGAACAUCCGAGUGUCCGUGGAGGACGUGACUGUCCUGGUGGAUUACACCGUGCGGAAGUUCUGCAUCCAACAGGUCGGGGACGUCACGAACAAGAAGCCCCAGCGCCUGGUGACUCAGUUCCACUUCACCAGCUGGCCCGACUUCGGGGUGCCCUUCACCCCCAUCGGGAUGCUGAAAUUCCUGAAGAAGGUGAAGACCUGCAAUCCCCAGUAUGCAGGAGCCAUAGUGGUGCACUGCAGUGCCGGGGUGGGACGCACGGGCACUUUCAUCGUCAUCGAUGCCAUGCUGGACAUGAUGCACGCGGAGAGGAAGGUGGAUGUUUACGGCUUCGUGAGCCGGAUCCGGGCUCAGCGCUGCCAGAUGGUACAGACAGACAUGCAGUAUGUGUUUAUAUACCAAGCACUUCUGGAGCACUAUCUCUACGGUGACACGGAGCUGGAGGUGACCUCCUUAGAGAUCCACCUCCAGAAGAUCUACAACAAAGUGCCAGGGACCAGCAGCAACGGGCUGGAAGAGGAGUUUAAGAAGCUCACUUCAAUCAAAAUCCAGAACGACAAGAUGAGAACGGGCAACUUGCCAGCAAACAUGAAGAAGAACAGGGUGCUUCAGAUAAUUCCAUAUGAGUUCAACCGAGUAAUCAUUCCAGUGAAGAGAGGUGAAGAGAACACGGACUACGUAAACGCUUCCUUCAUUGACGGUUAUCGCCAGAAGGAUUCCUACAUCGCCAGCCAAGGGCCGCUGCAGCACACGAUAGAGGACUUCUGGAGGAUGAUCUGGGAGUGGAAAUCCUGCUCCAUAGUGAUGCUAACAGAGCUGGAGGAGAGAGGCCAGGAGAAGUGUGCCCAGUACUGGCCGUCUGACGGCUCCGUGUCCUACGGAGACAUCACUGUGGAGCUGAAGAAAGAGGAGGAGUGUGAGAGCUACACGGUGCGGGACCUGCUGGUGACAAACACCAGGGAAAACAAGAGCCGGCAGAUCCGGCAGUUCCAUUUCCACGGCUGGCCAGAAGUCGGGAUCCCCGGGGACGGGAAGGGGAUGAUCAACAUCAUCGCGGCGGUGCAGAAGCAGCAGCAGCAGUCUGGCAACCACCCCAUCACUGUGCACUGCAGUGCUGGAGCAGGGAGAACGGGCACCUUCUGUGCGCUGAGCACUGUCCUGGAGAGGGUGAAGGCAGAGGCGAUCCUGGACGUCUUUCAGACAGUGAAGAGUUUAAGACUACAGAGGCCACACAUGGUGCAGACACUGGAACAGUACGAAUUCUGCUACAAGGUGGUGCAGGAAUACAUCGACGCCUUCUCAGACUACGCCAACUUCAAGUGAAGAAAAGAAAAAAAAACAAACAAAAACCAGGAACAAAAAUCCACACACAACCCCAAACAAAUGACAGAAGAGUUGCCUUCUUUAAUAUUUUGUAAUAUUCUGUUUGUUAAUAUACCCCUCCCCCC